AUGUACACCGGCAGACUGGACCUCACGUGCCAGAACAUCGUGGAUGUCUUCCAGGCGGCCAAGCACUUGGAUAUGAAGAACAUCAAGGAAAAAUGCGCCGAGGUCUUGACCAGUUCCCCGGACGAUCCCCUGCACGCCCUCUUCGUGUACGUCUCUGGCAAGCGGCUCGGCACCAAACCCGCCUGGCAGAGAGCGUACAAGACCAUCCUGAGCAGGUUUCAGGACGUCGUCGCCUUGCCGGAGUUUCUCAAUCUGGACAUGGACCACGUCAGCGAGAUACUCAGUGGAGACGCCAUUGCCGCUCGAAGUGAGACCGAGCUGUAUUGGGCGGCACUGAAGUGGCUCAGCUUCGACUGGUCAGCCCGCGAAAAACACGUGGUGGACCUCCUCAAGUGCAUCCGGUUCUCGUGCAUGACCAUGAACGAAGCCGUCGCUUGUUUUCAUCCGCCCAUUUUGUCGAGAGUCACCGAGAUGCCCGAAGUGCGGGAGAUGCUCAACAACGCCGUCUGCUACAUUUCGGCCAAGCAAGUGGGCCAAGAGGGCAAGUUCAAGCAGUACACGCAUCCCCGGAGACGCUUCUCGCUUAAGGGAGACUCCGGCAGUCCGCCCGACCAGGGCAUGGGCGACACGAGCACGGUGGCGAGCAACUCGCCGCCGUCGCCGAUGCUUCGCGACAGGUGCGCGCCCCUCAAGUGCAGGUCGGCGCCGACCGGGCGGAGGAGGACCACGAUGGCCACGGCCCGCAGCGCCGCUCCGCAGCCGAGCACCUCGGGAGAGACGUCUCCGCCCGCGAUGCUCGAACAGGAACGAACUUCCCAGGUGGACGCCACUCAAAGCGGCUCGGAACGAGAGAUUCAGCUUCACGUGCAAGAGAUCCCGACCUCCGCUGCUGAGUCCAAGGCCUGGACGGCAGACCCGAUGCUCCACCGUCUACUCCAGUCUCGGUCCCUGGGGAAGCACACGCGCAUCGAGUGGGACGAGUACCCCGCCAAGGCCCUGCCGGAGGACUCGCGUCUACGUCACGGCAGUCCUGGCUUCCUCCUUGUCGGAGGCAUCGACCCUGAAUUUCCGCAACAAGUGUCCACGGGUUGCACCGUGCUCGCGUACGAGGAAGCAGACGACCGUUGGCACCGCAUCGCCAUGUUGCCCGAACCGAGACAUCACCACGCUGGUGCGAUUGCCGGCGACAGCGUCUAUGUCGUGGGGGGCCUAAACAGUCGUCGCACCGUGGCCGGUCGCGUGAGCCCGCUGGCCUCGUGCCUGUGCUACCAGCUUGGCCAGCGCCAGUGGGACACGCUCCCGGACCUGCACCAGUCCAGGGCGUUCCACGGCUGCGCCAACGUGUCCGGCUCGAUCUUCGCGGUCGGCGGCAAGGACAAGCGCGGAAGACUUCUGGACAGCGUGGAGUGCCUGGAGCCCAACGCGAGCCGUUGGAAAGUCCUGGGGGAGUCCCUCCGUCCCGCCCGGAUGGCCAUGGGCGUGGCAGCGGCCGGACGUCUCCUGUGCUUGGCUGGAGGAAUCGCUCAGCUCGGAGGACGGCUGUGCGUGCUGGCAGACGUGGACUGCUACGACGUCGCAGCCAAGAGGUGGCUCCGCGGACCCCGACUGCCCUGGCCGGUGUGCUUCGGGUCCCUGAUUUCGGCGCCCGGAGGCUCCCUCAUCCACGUUGGCGGCCUGUCCGUGAGCGGCGUCGUGCACGGACCCGAGCUCCAGGAGAAGACGACGUCUUUCCGGAGUCGCUCGGACGUGGUCCUCUGGGAACCCACGUCCUCCGGAACCUGCUGGAGACCUCUCUGUCCCCUGCCCGAACCCCGGCACGGCGUCGGUGCCGCGUUGUGUGGCAAGAACGGCACCCUGUACGUGCUGGGAGGCCUCUCGUCUUCGACGGACCGUCCUCCCCUGGGGGUUCUGAGCGCCGCCACGUCAGGCGACGGAACCUUCUACCGAGCGAGCCAACUCCCCGGACCCGUGACUGGUUCGCUGGCGCUGCCGCUGCCGGACACCGAGACGACGUCGUCCGAGCGCCGACGUUCUUUGUCAUGA